AUGGCUGGCAGAUUCGAGCCCAAGGUCCCCGUCCAGUUGAACCCGCCCAAGGAUGACCCCAUCUCCGUAGAGGAGUUGGCAAAGGCAACCGGAGUGGACGGCGGGAAGUGUUACGUGGCCAUCAAGGGCAAGGUUUACGAUGUGACUGGCAACAAGGCAUACCAGCCUGGGGGGUCAUAUCACGUCUUUGCAGGAAAAGACGCGUCAAGGGCCCUUGGCAAGACGUCUACCAAGCCAGAAGAUGUCAAGGCUGAGUGGCAUGACUUGGAGGAUAAGGAGAAAGAGACGCUCAACGACUGGAUAAUAUUCUUCUCCAAGCGCUAUAAUGUCGUUGGUGUCGUUGAGGGAGCCAAAAAUAUGGAAUAG